CUCUUCUUCUUCUUCUUCACCAAAUUAAAAAAAAAAAACCUUUAUUUUCCUCAGAGUCGUAAGGGUUAAUAACCCUUUUUAUAUUCCAACAAUUUUUCACUCUAUAAAUAUAUGUUCUUGCAUUGUUUAAUGUAAAAAAAACUACAAAAAUGGAAGUGGCAAGUUCUUCUUCUUUGGCUAUGAAGAUAAUUGAUAUUGCAGACGACGAUAACGAUGAUGUUUCAGUCAUAUAUGAAACCCCAAAAGCUUCAGAAGGUAAAAGGAAAAAGUUUAUUGAAACAAUUUCAGUAGAAAAUUACAUUUGUUCAAAACCCAGCUGCAGUGGUACAAAAAAAGUGAUGAUUGAUCUUUCUGAUGAAUACCCAGAUGAUGAAAUUGAGUUUUUAGGUACCCAAUUUGAUCGAAAAUCAAAAGGAAUUUCGAAUGAAAUCGAGUUUUUGGGUACCAAAUUUGUACAAAAAUCCAAUGACAAUGAAGAGGUUGAUAACUUGUUCACUUGUGAUAUUUGUGUUGAUGAAAAGCCUAUUAAUGAAAAUUUUAAGAUAAUGGGUUGUAGUCAUUCUUAUUGCAAAGAAUGUAUGGCUAAGUAUGUUGGAGUGAAGCUUCAAGAAAAUGUUUGUCGAAUUUCGUGUCCUGUUUCUGGUUGUAAUGGGAAAUUAGAGCCGUAUAAUUGCCGUUCGAUUUUGCCUAAAGAAGUUUUUGAUAGAUGGGGAGAUGUGUUGUGUGAGGCAAUGAUUAUGGGUUUGGAGAGAUUUUAUUGUCCGUUUAAGGAUUGUUCAGCGCUUUUGAUUGAUGAAAAUAGCAGUGAUUGUGUUGUGAUUCAGUCGGAAUGUCCAGAAUGUAGGAGGUUGUUCUGUGCAAAGUGUAAAGUUGGUUGGCAUUCAGGGCUUGUGUGUGAAGAAUUUCAAAAGUUGAACAAGGACGAGAGGGAAAAAGAGGAUUUGCAGCUUAUGCAACUUGCUAAGGGUCAAGCAUGGCAGAGAUGUCCGCAGUGUAGGAUGUAUGUCGCGAGGUCUGAUGGUUGUGCCCAAAUGGUUUGCAGGUGCGGAUGUGGCUUUUGUUACAAAUGUGGAGCUGAGUCAGCUAAUCACCACUGCAAACGCUGUGGUACAUUGAACAGAUUGUAGGUAUCUCCAGGAAUAUAAAAACUGCAAAUGCGCGAUUUCUAGUUUUAUCCUCGUUCUAGUGGUAUUUUAGUGAUAGGUUCUUAUUUUGCUUGAAUUGUGGAUAUAGAGUUUCAGAUUUGUGGCUCAGGAGAGAUGACUAAAGAUAUAGCUAAAAUGACUUUCUUCUAAUUAUUUGUGUGAAUGUUGUUGAUUACUGAUUUGGUAACUUCUUACCUAAAUAUAUAACAACUAUGUUUCAGU